CGGGACUUUCGGAAUACGCACGGCGAGAAAGGAUACGUGCGAGGGAGGCCAUGACUGCAGACGGUGUGCGCAAGAGCGAGCCCCAACCUUUUGGCUAUCCUUACGCGUCCGUGCAAACAAACCCAAAGUGUCGGACGGCCUCGGAUUGGUGGACGCCCACUCAUCUCACUUGCAUCUUACCAUUCUACUUGCUUCAUCUCUUUUUUAUUUCAAUGUCGGACGUCGUUCUCCCUGGACAACCUGUACCAGUCCCUCGAGGUCCCACCGCUCAGCUCGGAGCUGGCACUUACUCACGAGAUGGUCAAGUCAGGGCGAGUUUACUGGGUACUCCGCGCUACCAAGGCUCUACACUGGCUAUCACCAAGACGCGGCCACACCCACCAGCACCAAAUUCAAUCGUGCUGGGAACGAUCACUAGGCUCUCUCCUCUGCAAGCAGUGCUUUCCAUCACAGUCGUGGACGGCGUUCCUCUUCCUGCUGGGGAAGAGUUCAUGGGCGUAAUACGUGUUCAGGACGUAAGAGCAACAGAAAAGGAUAAGGUGAAAAUUGCGGAUUGUUUCAGAGGUGGAGAUGUCGUCAAAGGCCUGGUAAUCUCUCUGGGUGAUGCUCGUAGUUAUUAUGUGACCACGGCACGAAAUGAUCUUGGUGUGAUUUUUGCUACAAGUGAAGCUGGCGCUACCAUGGAGCCGGUGUCAUGGCAAGAGAUGCGCUGUCCUAAGACUGGUCGAGUCGAAAAGCGUAAAUGCGCAAAGCCUGAGGGACUGUAACGUUAGUCGUGUCUUUUCGUCCUACGGACUCUUGUAUCCCUAGCUAUAGUGUAUAGUUGUAUAAUAUCGCUUUGAUAUCGACUCUUUGCAAGACAAAGGGGAUGCAUUAAUGAGCUUUGAAUAGACCGCUUUAAAUGGG